AUGCAAACAUGGUCUGUGAAGUUAGUCAAAUUUAAAAAAAUGAAGUCAGAUGUUUAAAUAGCAAUGUCAGCUGGCUCCACCUUUACUGUGAAAUCAACAGGAUGGACAGAACUGAGUUCGUUCUAUAUUUGUCCCUCUCUUUCACCAAAGGAACCCAUUUUUCUACUUCAGCUGAGAGACCAUUUCCUCUCAACACUCUUGGUAGGCCUAAAGGAUAGACUAAAAAUGUGUAAGGAGCCUAUAUGAGGUUUUAUGAAAAUCCAUAAAUGUAACAGUAACUGGCCCCCAAAUAUAUAAAAUUGAUUGGCUAGAAUGAUUAAUGGAUGAAUGAAUUACAAUUCAAAUAGUUCCUGCUUUUGAAGUGUGGCUCCAGGAAAUGAGGGAUCGACAUGGGUGACUAUACAGAGCCCCAGCUGGACAGCUUCCGCACAGAUUUACUGGAGCAAAUGUUUUGCUGGACAAUCACUCUGUGAAAAUCUUCUGUAACACUUGGAGCCAUAUGGAGCUUUCGUAUGUUUGCAAAAACGAAACAGAAAGAAGACAUCUGAUGCAAAGGAGCAUUCAGCCUUAUGGUACCAUUUAUUUGUGUGAGAAUCUACAGGCAAGUUGCAACUUGAAGUUGAAAUUGAAAUUAUUCACUUUGAAUAUUGUCUGAACGCAAAAAUAAGUGAAUUUUGAAUUUCUUUUGAACAGUAAGUUUAGAAACAAAGCAGUUUGGAAGAAGCAGUUUGGGAAGUCCAACUCCCAGGGUAAGGUACCUCCAAGUGACAAAGGCGAGGCAAAAUUACUUCAUAAAAAAAGGGGAGAGGGUGGAAUGACAGAGAGAAAGAUGGACAGAUCCACACAGUCAUAGCCAUUUAUUGCUAUGUAACAGUAGAGAAGCAAUAACCAAGGGGAUACAUGGUUUGUGAUUUGUUUAGGCAUAAUUGUGAAUAAACUGUGCCACAUUUUAUUUCUUUCACAGGGAAGUGUUUCUCUUCUUUCUUAUUUCCUGUUACAAUCUUCCUGUUGUAGAUGGGGUCAAAGGUCACAGAUGUCCCUCUAAGUGCAACUUCCUGUCCAGCCAUGUUGUCUUCCUUUUCCUUGAUAUAGGUGUUGUCCAGUGAGAAGGAAGGAAAUUCUGUCACUAAGAACAAUGGGUUUGCUUCUCUAUCUAUAGACACAGAGUGAGAGAGAGAAAGAAAAAGUGGGAGAAGGCAAAAGAAAGUUAAGUUGUUAGAAGAGGCUGGUGAAGAAAGGACAGCAGAAGAUGAUCGCAAUGUAAAAAAUUCAGAAAAGGUUAUACACUGAGGUAUAGAUGAGAAAAAGUCAUGCAAUUGACGGGCCAUGAUUUUCACAAUGGAAUAUAAUCCUGAUUCUGGAGAAAGAAGAAAUAAUAUACAGUAGAUUGUGAAACGACUUGAGAAAGCUGGAAUACCAGACACAUCUGUGCAGAAGAGCAGCAACUGAAAAAACAAGAAGUUACUGUAACCCCUGUUCCCCCCUUCUCUUUCAGAUGGAAGAAUCUGGCAGCCCGCGUUUCAGGAAGCUCCAUUUCCCAGUGGGCCUGUGGAUAAAUUCUCCCCGUAAACACUUUGCCAAACUGGGAGCCCGCUGGCCUAGCGCUGCGUCAGUCAAAUCCAACACUAGCUCGGACGCUGCCUCCCUCCAUGAGGCUUCCUCUAUUCCCUCCUCUGCCCUGUCCGUCUCCACGCCCUCCCUGGCUGCCCCCUCCCCGUGCCCGUCUCCUUCCCCCGCAUUCAUGAGGCCCCGUCCUGCUGCCCCUCAGUCCCGCACCAAGCGCCUGUCCCACCUCUUCCUGAGGGGACGCUCCAACAGCGACCGGGACCGGGCUGUAGGGGACCGCGAGAGGGAGCUGUGGGCACAUUCUGCCGCCCCCUCCACCCAUCACUACUUACCCCCGGCCAUGUCCACUGCUCCUGGACUCAUUAAGAUCUACGGGGACGCUCUGUCCAGUGGUGCCAACUAUCGCAGUCUACUGGCCAACAUCCACUCCACUGCCAGGCAGCUUAUUGCACAGGUCAUUACCCGCUACACUGAGAGAGAGAGGGACACUGAAAUUGAUGACUCAGCUCUCCAGAAACAUUCCCCUGAGGACUUCCUGUUGUGUGAUGUCAUUGGAAAGCCCAUCCACCAGCCAGAUGGAACCUUCCAAUGGGAAACCGAGUGUCGAAGGGGUGUGGCCCCCUGGGAAUGUCCCUUACUCCUUGUGGACAUGUGGCGGCCAAAGGAUGGCUUUGAGAGGCGCUUUGAAAUCCAGCGACGAGAAGACUAUGAAAGGGAGGAGAGGAAUAGAGAAGUGGAGAGAGAACGAGAUGGAGAGAACUCUCAGGUUCGCUGGAGGAGAAGCCGCAUGUCCUCUGGGGGUGGACCAGAGGAGAAUGAACGAGGCCACCGCGGACGCAACUCGGAACUUAGGAGAAGCAUCAGUGACAUGAAUCUGAGCUUGAGACGUCGCCAAGGCAACAAUGCCACGAAUGACCCUCGAAGACCAAGCAAUGCCCAAAACAGCAGUGCCGGACCCAAUGAUAGGAAGAACAUUAUGAGCAUGAUGAUAGCUACAGAGGCCUCAGAGGUCAUGGGUUCGAAGGUGGGGAAUGAGGUGGACAGGCGCACCAGAACCGUGGAAGAGGAUAUCUCCGCCUGUGACCUGGAAGUGAUGUCGCAGAGUCUGAUCCUCCCGCCCACAGACCGCCCGUAUUUCCUGUUGCUGCAAGGCUACGACCAGAGCAAGGACUUUGUUUUGUACAUAAUGACCGGGCACACACACGUCUUUGGGAGGAAGCCAACCCCGCGAGAGCGGGAGAAGGACAGAGAGAGGGAGAGGAAGGGGAAGAGGCCCCUGAAAGUGGACACAUUCCUCUCGGCCCCUGACCUCCUUGUCCGACAUUUGCUGGUCAGGAGAGACUCUGCCGCACCUGAGCACCCUCGUGGACAAGCACUGGUGCGUCCUUUCCGAGGAGGAGCUGUCACCCACAAUGGAGCGCCGCUGUACAGGGAAGCUGUGCUGAAGCCAGGGGAUCUGUUGGGACUCGGGGGUCACUUCCUCUUCCUGUACCGUGACCCUCGAGUGACCCCUGCCCCUCCACUUGCUCUACCCCUUCCCUGGCAAGCCGACUCAUCUGCUUCCUGUGGCCCUGGAGCCAUGGUGGACCGACAGGAAAUGCUGAGGCAGUAUCUGGGCUCAGCCGAGGCCUUGCUGAGAUUCCAGCCCAGACAUGCAGAUGCACUGCUACAGGAGAUCAUCUCUAAGAACUCUUCCCCUGACUCAGGAGGUGGCGCUCUUGCUCCUGCCUACCUCCUGUCGGUCAUGAUUGAUUAUGCCUCUAAACACCUGGACCCUGCCCUCACGCCCCAGCUGUUAUUAAAGGCGGCCACCCACAUCAAAGGCAUUGUGUGGGACAACAUAAAAGAAUUUGGGGACAAGCAUCCCACACAAAACCCCACAGAUUCAAAUGGUGACCUAAGCCCCCCCAGUGUGCAGCAGCUAGCAACAGACCUCCGCCCUCUGAUGUUCUGGAUGUCAAACGCCACUGAGCUCCUCAACUUCUUUCAGGUCAAGGUCGAGGCAAUGGAGAAAGAGUGGGAGUUUGAGGCUCCAGGUGACCCUGUUCUAACAGCCGACAUGGACACUUGCUCUGAAGCCUUGACACAACUCGAUGAUGUCAUCAUGCACACUUUCCAACAGUGUGUUUAUCACCUGACAAAGACCUUGUACACCCUGUUGCCAGCUUUGCUGGAGACCAACCCUUUCUCCCGAGGAGAGAAAGAGAAGGAGACGGCCAGAACAAAGGAGAGCAAGAGUGGUGAAGGUGAAGCUGAGGGUGGAGGAGGAGGAGGAGGAGAGAGGGAGGACGAGGAUGACGUGUCCGCUCUGCCUCCCACCGUCGCUGGACUGGUGGAGGUGUACCGCUGCUCUCUGCAGCUCACGCGGGACGCCUGCCUCUCUCCUCCGCUCACCUCGCAGACCUUUGGCUACCUCUUCUUCUUCACCAACACCUCCCUGCUCAACACCCUGCUGGAGAGAGAUGGGCUCUUUUCUUGGUCAAGAGCAGUUCAGAUUCGGACCAAUCUGGACUUGGUGCUGGACUGGCUGCAAGGCGCUGGUCUGGGUGACAUUGCCUCUGAGUUUCUCAAGAAACUGUCAGUCACAGUGAACUUCCUUUGUGUUCCCAAGACACGCCUGAUCCAGUCUUCAUGGCCGAGCCUCCUGGAGGACCAUACCUUGCUGAGCCCCACCCAGCUCCAUCACCUCCUGACCCACUACAAGUUGGGUCCUGCCCGCGCCCCACCUGCUUCCUGGGCCCCACCCCCCGGUACAGAACUCAGUGGAGAUAUUUUCGAAAGCUUCCUGGAUCAUCCCCCACUCAUCCUCCCAAAUGAGACACCACGCCUGGAUCUUUCCCAGCCCAUCCCGAAUCCUGAACUGCAGAAGGAAAUGACACGCCUGCGUACUUUCCUGUGGGGGCUUGAUCAGGAUGAAUUGCCAGCCAAUCAGAGGACCAGACUGUAGUGACACGGUUAUGACAGAUGUAUGGACUGAACAGAACACCUUAUUUGAAUAUAGAUUGCUCAAGCUGAGGGUGGGAUAAGGCCUGUGGCUUCCUUUUGUAAUUGGUCCUCUGGGGAGAUCUGCUGGUGCAGUGCAAAAAUCUGUUUCUAUUCAGAGAAGUGUUUAAUCAGAGCACAUUAUAACUGACAUCUGAUACUCAUCUUAGUUGAACUGUUGCCUGGAUGCAAUGGAGACUUGAAAAGUUGAGACCAGGUGGAAGACAACGAAAAGAACAAAACAAUCUACAGUGUACAUGAGAGGGGGCUUUCUGUAAGGAUGAACACCUUCAUCAUAACAACACACACACACAUACACACACACACACACACAUGGUGGGAUCACUGUUAAUCUGUGAAAAGUCCAGAGGUUGUGGAAUAAUGGUUCUAAAGAUGGAACGUCACAUCGGAUGCCAUGUGCAUAAUGUUCAGUUGGGUAGCAGGAGAUGGCAUCAUCUGCCAGUGAUACUCUUUUUGAGCAUUCAUUUAGAGCAAAUUAAUUCUUAUUAAUAACCACGUGAACCAAAUGACCAUAUCAUAACCAGACAAUAUUCCUUCAAGUUCUUUUGUGUAUAACCAUGUUUUAUACCAAUGUAUUACACCCCAUAGAAUAUUAAUAAAGUUGUGAUUUGGAAGACAA